CGGAAGUUGUUGUGAAUCCCAUGUUUGGCGCGCUCCCUGCACCUCUGGGACUGUUCACUGCACUCAGACUCGCCACCUGAAACAACUCGGACAGCCUGGUGGAUCCUGCGAGUGACCGGCAUUUCAGAACAGAUCGUUGUAAUUGAAAGCUGUUGGCCAUUGGAUUUGAAUCUUUGAGCUUGUCCUGAAAUCCGUAAUAAAUUGUUUUGCUUCAUAACUUGACGAUAUGGAGCAGAACAACAGUCUACCCCCUUUCCCUCAAGGGCUGGCAUCUCCACAGGGAGCGAUGACGCCUGGCCUUCCCAUUUUCAGUCCUAUGAUGCCUUAUGGCACGGGCCUCACACCACAGCCAGUGCAGAACACCAACAGCUUGUCGCUCCUGGAGGAGCAGCAGAGGCAGCAGCAGCAGCAGCAGCAGCAACAACAACAACAACAGGCAGCCUCACAACAGCAGGGUGGGAUGGUGGGAGGUUCAGGCCAAACACCCCAGCUCUACCACUCACAGGCUGUCUCCACAACAACGGCACUGCCAGGCAACACACCCCUUUACACCACACCUCUCACACCUAUGACCCCCAUAACUCCUGCCACACCAGCCUCAGAGAGUUCUGGCAUCGUUCCCCAAUUACAGAAUAUUGUUUCCACUGUAAACUUGGGGUGCAAACUUGACUUAAAGACGAUAGCACUACGAGCCAGAAAUGCUGAGUAUAAUCCAAAGCGUUUUGCUGCCGUCAUCAUGAGAAUAAGAGAACCCAGAACAACAGCUCUCAUCUUCAGCUCUGGAAAGAUGGUGUGCACAGGAGCAAAAAGUGAGGAACAGUCCCGCUUGGCUGCCCGAAAAUAUGCCAGAGUGGUGCAGAAGUUGGGUUUCCCUGCCAAAUUCUUAGACUUCAAAAUUCAGAACAUGGUAGGAAGCUGUGACGUCAAGUUUCCCAUCCGAUUAGAGGGCCUGGUGCUUACACACCAGCAGUUUAGCAGCUAUGAACCGGAGUUAUUUCCAGGAUUAAUCUACAGAAUGAUCAAACCCAGAAUUGUCCUUUUAAUAUUUGUUUCUGGGAAAGUCGUACUCACAGGUGCAAAGGUUAGAGGAGAAAUCUAUGAAGCAUUUGAGAACAUAUACCCCAUUUUAAAAGGAUUCAGGAAGACAACAUAAUCCCUGUGCAAUGCACCAUUCUGUAUUAACUGGUGAAGUCAUUAGUGAGCCCACUGGUAUGUCUGGUUUGGUCUACACAGUUUAAUUUUUCUUCUUCUUCUUCUUCUUCUUCUUAUUAUUAUUAUUAUUUUUAUUUUUUUUGUAAGUGUAAAUAUGAAGGACUACUUUUCUUCACUCAGAACUUGAUCUGAUUGAGGAUAAAUGCUUAUUUUACCUUUUUUAAAAUGUAUUUCACCUGCUAUUUGGUUUUCAAAAUAUUGUGUUAUCCAUGUCUGAACAUUUUAAUGGUUUGAAUACUUCUGUUGUUUUAUGAUGUUAAAAUGUUCAUCUGUUCAAACAUUUUACACAUUCCCUUUGAGCAAGUUUUAUGUAUUACUUGUAUUACUGAUUGUCAGUGUGAACUGUGGCAAGUAAUGCCCAUGUUGCCCAGUGCAGGAAGAAUGUCUUUUAUUUGGGGGAGUGAAUUUAGGUUAUUUUUCCAACAAAGACGUGCAACCGGAGGCUAAUUCUUCAAUUGUUAAAAUUGUCAUAUGGAUUUGACCUUUUAAGUUACUGUCUUCUACAAUGAGAUCUGUAACAAAUUUGGCAGAUCUAACUAUAUAAUUCCCUUUGAAUUGUAUUAUAUUCUGUAGGUCUCCCACCCAGCCCCAUGUAAAGCACUGAUUUCUUAAUUUAAUGUCUUCGGCAAUGUAACCAGUUCUCUUUGCAAUUGGAUGCAAAUAAAUGUUUCCUUACCAGUUUGUGCCUAUUAUUGCACUGUAUUACAUCUGAA